UUCUUUCUUGUUUUUUAUUAAGUGUGUUUUGAUGUGACAGUUUGGUUUAGCAGAGAACAGAUAGGCUUUUAACUAGACACAGCUUAUUGUUUCUCAUAGAGGUCCUGGUGUGGCAGUUACAGGAUGUCAGAAUGGAUGAUGGUGAUAAUUCUGAAAAGAGUGUAAAUGAAGAAAAUGGAGAAGUAUCAGAAGACCAAUCUCAAAAUAAACACAGUCGUCACAAAAAAAAGAAGCACAAACACAGAAGUAAACAUAAGAAACAUAAACAUUCCUCAGAAGAAGAUAGGGAUAAAAAACAUAAACAUAAGCAUAAGCAUAAGAAACGCAAAAAGGGAGCUGUAGAUGCCUCUGACAAAGAAGGCCUCUCCCCUGCAAAAAGAACUAAACUUGAUGACUUAGCUUUGCUGGAAGACUUGGAAAAACAGAGAGCCUUGAUUAAAGCUGAGCUUGACAAUGAGUUAAUGGAGGGAAAGGUCCAGUCUGGAAUGGGACUCAUUUUGCAAGGCUAUGAGUCUGGCUCCGAAGAAGAAGGAGAGAUUCAUGAAAAGGCAAGAAAUGGAAAUAGGUCCAGUACCAGGUCUUCCAGUACACGGGGGAAACUUGAAAUUACGGACAACAAAAAUAGUGCAAAAAAACGAAGUAAAAGCAGAUCCAAAGAAAGGACUAGACACAGGUCGGACAAAAGGAAAAGCAAGGGAGCUGUUGACAUGGUGAGAGAGAAAGCAAAUAGGAGCAAGUCCAAGGAGAGGAGAAAAUCCACAAGUCCGUCCAAAAGAAGCAAAUCUCAAGACCAAGCAAGAAAAUCAAAGUCCCCUACCCUUAGACGGAGGUCCCAAGAAAAGAUUGGGAAGGCCAGAUCUCCUACUGAUGAGAAGAUUAAGAUUGAAGAUAAAGGUAAAAUAAAAGAUAGGAAGAAAUCACCAAUUGUAAAUGAAAGAAGUCGAGAUCGAUCUAAAAAAUCCAGGUCCCCAGUUGACUUAAGAGAUAAAUCCAAAGACAGAAGGUCAAGGUCCAAAGAGCGAAAGUCAAAACGGUCUGAAAUUGACAAAGAAAAGAAGCCAAUUAAAUCUCCUUCAAAAGAUGCCUCUUCAGGGAAGGAAAAUAGGUCACCCAGUAGAAGACCUGGCCGGAGUCCCAAAAGAAGAAGUUUAUCUCCAAAACAGCGAGACAAGUCAAGAAGAAGUAGGUCCCCACUUCUCAAUGACAGACGGUCUAAGCAGAGUAAAUCGCCUUCUCGAACUCUGUCUCCCGGUAGAAGGGCCAAGAGCCGAUCCUUAGAAAGAAAGCGAAGAGAGCCAGAGAGGAGACGACUUUCUUCUCCAAGAACACGGCCUCGAGAUGAUAUUCUCAGUAGAUGUGAACGAUCAAAAGAUGCUAGCCCUAUCAAUAGGUGGUCUCCAACCCGAAGAAGAAGUAGGUCUCCCAUUAGAAGGAGAUCCCGGUCCCCGUUGAGACGCAGCAGGUCUCCAAGACGAAGAAGCAGGUCCCCUCGGAGAAGAGAUAGGGGUCGGAGGAGCAGGUCUCGCUUGAGAAGAAGAUCUCGGUCACGUGGUGGUCAUAGGAGAAGGAGCAGAAGCAAAGUAAAGGAAGAUAAAUUUAAAGGAAGUCUUUCUGAAGGAAUGAAAGUUGAGCAAGAAUCUUCAUCUGAUGAUAACCUUGAAGAUUUUGAUGUAGAGGAAGAAGAUGAAGAGGCUCUAAUAGAACAGAGGAGGAUACAGAGGCAGGCGAUUGUACAGAAAUAUAAAUAUCUUGCUGAAGAUAGCAAUAUAUCUGUGCCAUCCGAGCCGAGCAGCCCCCAGAGCAGCACGCGGUCACGAUCUCCUUCUCCAGAUGACAUCUUGGAGCGGGUAGCUGCUGAUGUAAAAGAAUAUGAGCGAGAGAACGUCGACACCUUUGAGGCCUCAGUAAAAGCCAAGCAUAACCUAAUGACGGUUGAACAAAAUAAUGGUUCAUCUCAGAAGAAGCUUUUGGCACCUGAUAUGUUUACAGAAUCUGAUGAUAUGUUUGCUGCUUAUUUUGAUAGUGCUCGUCUCCGUGCUGCUGGCAUCGGGAAAGAUUUCAAAGAGAAUCCUAACCUUAGAGAUAAUUGGACAGAUGCAGAAGGCUAUUAUCGUGUGAACAUUGGGGAAGUCCUAGAUAAGCGUUAUAAUGUGUAUGGCUACACUGGGCAGGGUGUGUUUAGCAAUGUUGUACGUGCCAGGGAUAAUGCAAGAGCCAAUCAGGAAGUGGCUGUAAAGAUCAUCAGAAACAAUGAACUCAUGCAAAAGACUGGUUUAAAAGAACUAGAAUUCUUGAAAAAACUUAAUGAUGCCGAUCCUGAUGACAAAUUUCAUUGCCUGCGCCUCUUCAGACACUUUUACCAUAAGCAGCAUCUCUGUCUUGUAUUCGAGCCUCUCAGUAUGAAUUUGCGAGAGGUAUUGAAAAAGUACGGUAAGGAUGUCGGUCUCCAUAUUAAAGCUGUGAGAUCCUACAGUCAGCAGUUGUUCCUGGCGUUGAAACUCCUUAAAAGGUGCAACAUCCUACAUGCAGAUAUCAAGCCAGACAAUAUUCUGGUCAAUGAAUCAAAAACAAUUUUAAAGCUUUGUGAUUUUGGAUCGGCUUCACAUGUUGCAGAUAAUGACAUAACGCCUUAUCUUGUCAGUAGAUUUUAUCGUGCUCCGGAGAUCAUUAUAGGUAAAAGCUAUGACUAUGGUAUCGAUAUGUGGUCUGUAGGUUGCACCUUAUAUGAACUCUAUACUGGAAAAAUCUUAUUUCCUGGCAAAACUAAUAACCAUAUGUUGAAGCUCGCCAUGGACCUCAAAGGAAAGAUGCCAAAUAAGAUGAUUCGGAAAGGUGUAUUCAAAGACCAACAUUUUGACCAAAAUCUGAACUUCAUGUACAUAGAGGUUGAUAAAGUAACAGAGAGGGAGAAAGUUACUGUCAUGAGCACCAUUAACCCAACUAAGGACCUGUUGGCUGACUUGAUUGGGUGCCAGCGACUUCCUGAAGAUCAACGUAAAAAAGUACACCAGCUAAAGGACUUGUUGGACCAGAUCCUAAUGUUGGACCCGGCUAAGCGAAUUAGCAUCAACCAGGCCCUGCAGCAUGCAUUCAUCCAGGAAAAAAUUUAAACGAGAUGAAGAAACUCCAAGGGUUUGAGUAAUUAAAUACAAAGACUGAAGAAAUUUCACAGCAGUUUAUUAUUAAUGUAUAUAAACUUAUAAAUAUUUCUGCAGCAAAUUUGAGGAAGCAUGAUAUAUUUGAAUUAACACCAAGGGUGAUAUUUCUUUUAGAAAUGUUAGUUAAAACUGUUUUGUGUCUUAUGUGAAAUUUCACUGUAGAAAUGUUUUAAUUGCCAAGACUGCACAAAAUUAAAGUGCUAAUGUAUAUGGUUGCAGUUCACAUAAAAGACAAAAGCAUCUGUUAUGAGUAGCAGUGCUGGGUGGUUGAUUUGUUUUUAGCAGACUUGGCUUCAUUUUGGUCUUCAGAUACAAUGGCCAGCAUAAAUGCUGUUUAUAUUCACGUUUUCCUAGGUGUGUGUGUGCAGGCCACAGCAGCAUGCCCUUGGUGUAGUCAGUGCCGAAGGGAGUCUGUUCCUUCUUGAGCCUGCCUGCAGGGAUGUCUCCUCUUUUAAAGCAGGUUGUGUACAACAUUCAGUACACUGAAGGUAAGCUAAACCAUCAACAUCACCAGUGUUUUAAGAUGUUAUUUUAUUGGAAUAAUUGAAAAUGAGGGAUAGCUUUGUGGCAGAAUUUCCUGCAUGUGUGAUAAUUGAUCUUGUUUUAUUUUUCUGGCAUCACGACUGUGGCAUAGUUACAGUUUCUGUUCUGUUCAUCACAUUUAAAAUUUGAAGCGUAUGCGCUUGAUGGAUAGAGCGCCUUCAGUGUACUGUUUCUUAUUAACUUUACUUUUUUUUUUAAAUCAACUUGCUAUAGACUUUAUAUACAUUUUGUUAAAUACAGUUCUUAGUGACAUAGAAACUGCAUAGUUUUCAUUUACUAAUUAAAAUGUUGAGGCCUACUUCUGAAAGUCCUCAUAUUUAAAAGAUAGACAGCAUAAUGAGAUUUUUAACUAUUUGUAUGUCAUUUUGAAAGUGUACUGCUUUAUGGUAAAAGUGUUUUUUCAUUUGUUCAUUGUUUGCAUUAUUUGUGAUCAUGUUGUCUUUCAAUACAGGCAUAAACCUCCCACUCUUGAACAAAGCAGCUGCUUUUUAAAAGCGGUAAUUGCUUCUUUACCUUUUAUUUCUUUUGUAAAUGAAGCUUUUCUUUAAAAAUGUGACUUUAAAGUGUUGUCUAUUGCAUAAACAGUUGACACUCACUUACUGUAAAGUGAACAUUGUUCUCCUGCAUGGGAAGUGGACCGUGCAGAAUUCUGUAUGUUCUCAGUAUGCAUCACUAGAUAAUAAAGUCUUUUGUGAACAAGGCAUUUGUAGCCAUUUUUAAAAGAUUUUUGUCUUCAGUGCUGGUAAGUCAGGUAAACUGUAAAUAGUUAAAAACAGUCUUUGUUUUUCUCCUGAAAGUAUUACCUGCUAAAGAUAUAACUCAGUCUCGCCUGAGUUUUAAAUUUUUCUUAAUUAUUAGGGUCUUAAUUAUUUCACCCAGAUAAAAAGUUUUAUCAGCUUUCAGUGUAGUGAGGUUAUUCCUGUAGGUUAUGGGGUAUAACUCAGGAUUUAACUAAUGUUUCUGCUAUUUUCUCACUUUUCCUUUUGAUGGUGCGGAAAGAGAAAAAGGAAAACGGGGCACAGGCCAUUCGACGCCUUCUCCAAGGGGUCUGAUUUGCUGAGACACCAGCUUCACCUUCUUAACAAGGUUAUUUCUGACAGCAUGUGUAGAUAAACAUUUAGCAACAAUUUAAAACAAAAUCAUGUAAAUCAGCUUGGUUUUGCAACACAAAGGAAUUUGUACUUUUAAUAUGGUAUAAGAGAAUUUUCAGAAUCCUGUGUAAUCUUUUCUGUUUGGGAGUGGGUAAACUUAUUGCUUGUCUCCCUGAGGAUUAUGAGAACAAUAAAAUUUGGGGGUUUAAAUAAUAUUUUUACAUUGUAAAUGGGAUUUUUUUAUUCACCCAGGCACCUAAUUACAACAAGCAUGCACAUUUUGGUGCAUUCAAGAAUGGAAUAUCAGAGUAGCAGCAUUCUCCUGGUGGGUUAUGCUCCAUUUAAAGACAUGAAAUGAACUACACAGCCAGGAAGGUGAUAGAUGAGAUAAUAAACCACCUAUGAACCUACACCCCGUCUCUUCAUGGUUAGACUUACUAAAAUAAGUACAAGGUGAUUUUCAUCUAUGGGUAGAGUGAGGCCUUUAAACAAGGCGUCACAGGUGCAGCGUCCACCUUAAUGAUCUGAGUAGCGAGUUUCCCACCAUGACUUACUUUAUUUUGGUGCUGGUAUGCUGCAUAGUCAAGUCUUUUGUAGUUGUUUUCACUCAGUAGUUAAUGCUUUGGCUUCUGGUGGUUUUCAUGGCUUCAUUUUAUAGUUAAUAAGCUAAUUUCCACUAGAAACCAUUCAUCUUAGGCCUUCAAAGCUGUUGCCUACUCUUUAAAAAAACAAAAAAGCAAAAGCAAAAAAAAAAAAAACAAAGUUGCUUGUUACUUGUUCUUUGUGUUUUAGGUGCGGCUCAAUGGAAGAUGACGGCAGCCAGAAGACAUGAGCCAAGGCUUCUGUCCCAUAAAAGACCUUUUCAGUUCUCAUUUUUAGUUUCAGCAUUAUAAUUUGGGUGUCAUUGCUGUGGUAGUUAGAGUAGUGGUGCUGUUGUGCUCGUCUGUAAAGUGUUUUUAUCACAUUUGCUGCAGCUACACCCUUCUUCUAAAGUGAGAAUCAGCUUAGUCAUAGAAAAAGCCCACACUCAUGGUCAUCAGAGUCAUUGAGAAAACAAUAGCUGCCAAAUCAGUGUACAUUUGGAAGUAAUCUGCAAGUUGGGUGUAUUGACCACCCCGGUCGAGUGGAGACAGUAAGAGUUUGAGAUCAAGGCGUGCUUAGCCUAUAUGAACCCCUCCUUUUGUUUUUUUGGGUUUUUUUUUCCUUUUCUUUUUAAAAUAAUUCUUUAGCUUUAAGCAGGCACCUAAAUUGUAUGAGUAGUAAAAUUUUAAUAAACUGUUUGAUUCUUUUAAUAGCUGUUCUUUCUCUUAGUCCUUCAUGACCAGCUUUUUAGUGCCAGAGACUUAAAAUAUGUAAUAGCAGACAAGGGGGAGGUAUGAACCAUGGUACUGUACUAUUACUUUUCCCAAAGGGACUCUGUAAACUGUAUCAGGUACACUCCAUUCUAUGUGGUGGGUGACUUCGCUGAGGAAGAAGCUUGGAGGUGUGUGAGGCCUCUAUUAGGUUGAGGUCAUUUGACUGAUGACCCUAUUUAUCAAACCUGUGUUUGUGUUUCUGAGUGUCUGAGCCGUUUCCACAUAAAGUUGUCAUGAGCUUUAGACUUUCAUACCUUAUGGGAAAAUGACAAGUGAUUAUCAGACUUGAGGUUCAUAAAACUAUUUUGUCUUUUAGAAAAAUUUUAAAGCCAAGUCUUGUUCUUCUUAGGAAAUAAAGAUACAUGGAUAUUCAUAUAGUCAUUAUGUACAUGGGCAGUUAAUCCAAAGAUAUUCUGAUGUUAAAACCAUUAUUCAGGGCAAUACAUGCACACACCUCAAAGAGUGCUCAGAAAUCUCUUAAGCAUAACUCUCAGACACUUGUUUAUCUGAGAUUAGAGGAGGAAAAGACAGUCAGGAAGCAUCCAUUGUAGAUGUUAGGUCUCUUGGCAGACUUUGUUCUCAGGGACCAUCAGAAAUGAGGAAGUUUGGCGGUUCUGAACAGGGGCAGCUUAUUGGUAUAGACAGCAACCUCUCAGUAUUUGUGUUUACACUGAAGUCCUGAAUGAAAACCUGGGUCUUUACUCCCAGUGGCUACUUUCUCAGCUAUUUUGUUGAAAAAUAAUAAUGUGAUUUCUAUCUUGCCAUUGCAAUUACCAUCUUUUUUCCUAAUGAAACUAAAUACUCAGGACAGUUUUGGAAUAGAAAAUACAUAUUUUAUUGUGUGUAACAGACUUAGUAAAAUGUAGUUUUCUCAUUUUAGCCCCAGGUUUGCAUUUAUCCUAGUCUACUUUAUGUGCAUAGGCACAAAUAGACUGAAAUGAAACAAAGGAAUUACAUGUAUUCAAAUUUAGGUUAGGCAUUUAGGAAAUGAAUGUAUUUAUUUUGGCAAUGAGAUUAUAUAGUGAAAUGUGAUAUGUAGUGUGCUUCCUUAUGAUACUGUUAGCAGUUGGACUCUCUAAGAAAGUAUUGUUCUGUGGCCAUAGUAUAUGCAACAUGAAUUUAUUCUCCUACAUGAAAUGUUCUUAUACAAAUGUUCACUGCAAAUUCAUUGUACUUUUUACAUGUUGAUGCUGUGUACAAAGUUGACUAUAAAAUGUGUUUUGUUUUUCUUUUGUUGGUUACAUUGAGAUACCACUGUGGCAUCCUUAUUUUCUCUUCUUCUGUAUAUAGGGUAAGGGACUGUUCUUCUGAAGAACCAUUCCAUUUAGUGAUCAAGAUACAGCAGCUGCUCUCAGAAAAUGCUUGAUGUGUAUCCUAAUUGUUUGUGAUACCAUUUGAAUUGUAACUUACAUUGUAGCAGCAAAUGAUCCCCAACAACCUAGUAGGAAGCUUAAUAAAGUAUGCCUCUUGCUCCCA